CAUAAACUUUAUGGGCUGUCAGAGUUCUUCACACCUAGUUGCUUCUUCUGAUGUUUUUGGAUGUCAGUAAAGGAGGCUGGAGGCAACGCCUAUGAUGGAGCAGGUACCGUCGAAAGGUGCUGGCUUAAACCCUAAUGCGAAAGUGUGGCAAGAAGUCCCCCAAGGGAGCGGCGAGGCUGCGCCGGCAACAAAUGGCGCUGAGCACUCGUGGCAAGAGACGGCGGCUGCGCAGGGGCCCCAGGCCGAGGGUAACACAGAGAUUUCAGAGGAUAGCUGCAAGCAAUAUGAAGUGAUGUAUUCCCCAUCUUGUGAAGCUACAAGAAAUGGCACAGUGGUUGAUGAGGCGUCUGCAAAUGGAAUGGUCCUAGCAACUGAAGAUCUUGGCUACCAAAUCUAUGAAGUUUCUGGUGAAGGCAGCUCUGCUGUGUCCACAGAAGACAUUAGAGAAUGCCUGAAAAAACAGCUUGAAUUCUGCUUCUCACGGGAGAAUCUCUCAAAGGAUCUCUAUCUGAUGUCUCAAAUGGAUAGUGAUCAGUUUGUUCCCAUAUGGACAAUUGCCAACAUGGAAGGUAUUAAGAAGCUGACAACGGAUAUGGAUCUGAUUCUUGAAGUUUUGAGAUCUUCUCCUAUGGUACAAGUAGAUGAGAGAGGGGAGAAAGUCAGACCAAACCACAAACGAUGUAUUAUUAUUCUUCGUGAGAUCCCUGAAACGACACCUAUAGAGGAGGUGAAGGCUCUGUUUAAAAAUGAGAACUGCCCUAAAGUGAUAAGCUGUGAGUUUGCUCACAACAACAACUGGUACGUUACAUUCCAGUCGGAUACAGAUGCGCARCAGGCGUUCAAAUACUUAAGGGAAGAAGUGAAAACCUUUCAGGGCAAGCCAGUAAUGGCAAGGAUAAAAGCCAUCAACACAUUUUUUGCUAAGAAUGGUUACCGGGUAGUGGAUUCUAGUGUCUAUACUCAGCCAGUUCAAACCCAAGCACAGUUUGCCUCACCACUGUUUAUGCAGCCUGUAUAUAGUCCUCAGCAGUACUCUAUUUACAGCAUUGUGCCUCAGACGUGGUCGCCAAGCCCUGCACCUUACUUCGAAACGCCGCUGGCCCCCUUUCCUAACGGUGGAUUUAUGAAUGGCUUUAAUACACCAGGAUCAUAUAAAACAAAUGCUGCUUCUUUGAGUAUAGGUCGCCCAUUCCAUAGAAAUCGUGUGAAGCCGCACUUCCGACCGCCCAGCAGCUCGGAACACGCUGCGGAGGGGCCCGCCGCCGCCGCCCUUGGGGAAGGACCACUGAACAGAACCGGCUCCAGGAACUUUGUCGYGGAGCGGCAUAACAGCACGUUAGCAGGGCACCAAGAGCAAGGCUAUUCCCAGAAGGACUGUCCUGCCGCGCCCGUGGAACAGAAUGGGGAUUACGGCAUCGGCAGGGGCAGGAGGAAUGUUUUCAGAGGUCGGAGGAGACGGGAAGACGAUCGUAUUUUAAGGCCUCAGCCUUCAGCAGAAACAAAGACUCAGACACCAAAGUUUGACUUGCUAGCAUCAAAUUUCCCACCUUUGCCUGGCAGCACAGCAAAAACACCGGGAGAGCCUGUUCUGGAGAGCAGGAUGUCUGAUAUUGUUAAAGGAAUCUGCAARGAGAAGGAAAGCAAAGAUUUGCUGUCCAGCUGUCCAGCUCUUGCUCAGGAAGAACAGAUGCACAGCCCUGUCCAGCAGCCUGUUGCAAGCGCGAGUUCCCCAAGUCAGACUGAGGCUGUGGUGUUAAGCCCAGUUCAGCCAGAGAGCAAGCCAGAAGAAGCACCUGCUCAGAGAGACGUCCCAAGCCAUGCGCCGCCAGCGGUGUCUGCCUCCCCCGUCAGCACUGCAAAGCUGCCAAGGACAAACACCACUUCAUCCUCUACUAAUGUGAGCGCAGCACCCGCUGUGUUGCCGCAGGAGCCACGUAAGCUCAGCUAUGCUGAAGUCUGCCAGAAGCCCCCAAAGGAGCCUCCUGCAGUUCCUGUUCAGCCUCUUCGGGAGCUUCGCACCAACGUAGUUUCCCCCGCCAAAAAUGAAGAAAAUGGUACACCCGAGAAGGCUGCGGAGAAGACUUCCGAAAAGGCUCAAGACAAGGUGGAAGGUCGAAUGAAGGAUUACUCCGGGUUCCGAGGCAGUGGGCCUCCCAGGGGAGCUGCUGGGAAAAUCAGGGAACAGAGGCGCCAGUUUGGACGCAGAUCAUCGCCUCAGGGAGCACCUCGACGUAUCGGCAAGGAGCAGUACGUGCCACCCCGGUCACCAAAGUAAUGCUCGUCCAGGCAAAUAUUAUCUAUUUAAUUUGAGCUGUGGACAAAUGAGCAGCAGRGGAGACUGUGAGAGAGAAGUAUUCGUGAAGGGGAAUACUGAACUGGAGUGUGGCUUAUAGGGAGAAGUUGUGGRGAGUCCCAAAAUUCAUCUCUAUAAAAGUGAUUUCACAAAUGCUGGAGGAUUCCAAUCAAUAUAACUCUAGAGAUUAUAAUUUUUGUAUUUUUGUUUUUAAUUUGCAGAGGGUUUCCUGCUUGAAAUCAGUUUUGGGAUUGUGAAACUAGCAUUUUGACAAGGUGAAGAAAUAAGAAUUGACAAAUUAACAUGUCCCUCAGUGUAGGAGGAAGAGGCUAAGAGAAUAUUAUUUUUGAAAAAAUAAGCAUUUCUGUAAAAUUAGAACUUUUUUUAACCUAUUUAACAUUUGGCUUGUAGGAUGAUGUGUCUGCCACUAAUGGCCUUGCCUUGCAGAGCACAUCUGCAGCUGAGGUGCUUGGUCAGUGUGCGAGUUGAAUGAUUGCAGCCAGAUACUGUCAUGACUUAGUCACUGAUGAUAAAACUGAAUGUACUACUGUAAUAAAUCUGUGUUUCCAGGUGGAAGUAUAGUCUCUUGAGCUUACAGACUCAUUCAGCAAGCUUUUUAAACUGCAGUAUUUACAGGAGACUGGAUUGUAGAUCAGAGCACAUGGACAGCAAAAAGUGUCUUCUAGAUGCAAUGGGAAGGAGGCGGAAGGGAGCAUGUCAGAAUUGUUAAUUUGCCCUUUCCCUGCCUCCUUUUGAGGGCAACUUUUUAUUGUUGUUUUUCUUUUUACUUUCUCUAAUCUCUUUAUUGCAGGCUCUUGUGCGUUUAUCUUGGUAUGUUUUGCAGAGGCAGGCCUGGCAGAGGAUUGUUGGAUGGCUACGCAGCGCGUUAGCUCUGCACGGUGAGAGGCAGACCUUGCUGUUGCAGACAGAGGGCUUUGGGCCUUGCAGGUGGGCGCUCUGAGCGCAGCGCUGGCCCCUUCUCCCCAAAUGUUCAGCUGAUGUCUCUCUUUGAACCGUUAAUGAUCUGGGGACAACGUCCAGCUUUCCAUAUACUGGCCUGUGUGUCCCRGAGCAGGGAAUUGGAUGCUGUGUAUGAGAAAUCAGGGUUUAUACGUACUGGGAACUCGCUGUUUUCAGCUGAAGUGGUAGCAACUGACUUCUUUCUCUUUCAAGAGUUUAAAGUGGAACUGAAGGCAAAGAGCUAAAGAAAAAACCCUGGUGUUGAAAGGUAGCAUCUUGCCUAGCUUUAUGCUGACUAAAUUUGCAACACUAUUGUGAAGAAGUGGUUAAGUUUACAAGGUGAUGACUGUAAUGACCGAAAUAGGAAAAUACAAUGCAUUAAUCUGCCAAAAUCAGCAUGCCAGGUUCGAAGUUCUGUAUAAAGUGUUAGGGAAAAGUAGCUUCCAGCAGUAAGAAUCAAACCUAUUUUUUUUCUUUAUUUUUCUUUAGUGAAUAGCAAGUGUACAAAUUUAAAGUCGUAAGUUGUGAACACUGGAAAACUCAGUUGUGAUAUAUACCGUAAACAUCUUAGUAAUAUAUGCUAGUGUUGCCAUUAGAAUGAAUGUAAGUGGCAGUUAAAAUAACUGUGAAAACUUUCAUCUUCUGAUUUCGUAGCCAGAUAACCCUUGGCGACUUCUUACUCAGUAGGCAUUCUUUAUCAGCUGCUUUGAGAACACUCAUAUCUAUUUUUAUAAAUAUAUAUAUAAAGCCAGAGUUGUCAUUUCUCUAACUUAUUAUUCAGCUUGGCAAUUGCUUUGAUUUGAUUCAUAACACAAUAUAAUGUAUUUAUGCUGUUAACUGUUCAUUUCUACGCAUGUUAUAUAUAUACACACACAUAUAUAUAUAUUAAAAAAGAAAAUCAUUACUUUUAAACUACCUGUACUGGGUUUGGGAAUUUUUUAAAUUUAGUAAAAAAUCAUUGAUCACGUCUACARUUUAGGGAUGCUUACCAACCCCUUCUCCAUUUAUUGGGAUAAUGCUACAUUUGAUGGCAUAAUAGAGAAGUUUUUAAAUAUUUAAGUGUUAAAGCUCUGAAAUGCAAUGAUUUCAAAGUUAAUUUUGAGUCAUUUUAAAGUCUAUAAUCAAUUACUGCAGUCAAACUGGAAAAAAAUCUGUUGUGUACAAUAGUCACAGAUAUUUUAGGAUAGAUGUGCACUGUCAUUGCAAAGUAGAAUAAAUGUUGAAAUGCUAAUAGCUGCCUUAAGCUGGCUGCUGUUAAAGGAGGAGCUCUUGGGAAGAGGCUUCUACAGAUGUUGGGCUUUGGCCUCCAYGGUGAAGGUGGCAUAUGCCAGCCCACGCGGGCAUCUGCCUCCCGUGCAGUGCAUAGAGUACCUUUGUAGUGCUGAAAGCUAGAAUUUGA